AUGGAAGAUGCAAAACUUAAGGGCCUGGAGAUCUGUCACCCCCAGCAAAGAAAUAUAUUCAACCGAAUCUUUGGAGGUUUUCUCAUGAGGAAGGCGUAUGAACUGGGCUGGGCCACAGCUUGUUCCUAUGGUGGUUCUAGACCGUAUAUUGUGGCUGUUGAUGACAUCAUGUUCCAAAAACCUGUGGAAAUUGGAUCAUUAUUAUUCCUGUCUGCACAGGUGUGUUACACACAUGGUAACUACAUGCAGGUCAGAGUGCACAGCGAGGUAUCUGAUCCAGUUACUAGAGAGCACCACACAACCAACAUCUUUCACUUUACUUUCUCAUCCGAAGAAGAAGUACCUAGAAUUGUACCCCAGACAUAUGGAGAGUCCAUGCUUUAUUUAGAUGGAAAACGUCACUUUAAUGCUGCUAUUCAAAGCAGAAAUGGCGAAAACUAG